GCUGCUGCUGCCUUUCAGUGGUGGUGUGUGUGUGUGUGUGUGCUCCGCUCCCCUCCAGCUCCUGAAGACCCCUAAUACCCCUCGGCCGGCCGCUUUCUGCCCCUGGCUGCCCCCGGACAAGGACGGUGAAUCGUCCAGCUUUGACUGUAAGAAUUAAUGUGCCUGAGAGUCUGACACACGUCUUUCCGAUGGCUGCCUCGGGCUCCACCUCCUCUGCCUCUCUCACUGCCGCUGUGCCUGAGGGUUUCCAUUAUGAGACCAAAUAUAUUGUGCUUAACUACCUGGGAAUGCUGCCUGUCGGCCGAUCGCAAGCAGCGACAACGGCUCAAGCAGAUUCCCAGGAAGAGAGAGAAAGAACCACCUUAAUCAAAGAGCAGGUAGAGGAAGAGCUGAGAAACCUUGAAGAUGAAAUUGCUGCCUCGUCCUCCAGCACAGGGUUCGACCGCCGCUCCUCACUUGUGUUCUGUCCGGCCGACCCGGCAAGCUCUAUUGAAGACUGUCUCGCUGUGAUGGGGGACAAUGUCGCCAGAGACCUCCACGCACAUCUGGAUGCAGCUGUGGACAAGCUACUCGCAGGACCUCUGGACUACCAGAGUUUCAAAGGCACGGCGCUGGACCUCUCGAGACACACACAGGGAGCCUGGAGUCAUGUGCUCGCACCUUUGGUGCUUCUCCAGGCUUUGCAGAGUAAAGGCCAGUCCGUGACGACUCUGUUGCAUCUCGGGACGAGGUUCCUCGAAGAGAACGAGGCUGAAUAUAUCACGCAGCAAGGCGGAUGGGGUGAAAUAUUCAGUCUUGUGACCGAAGAGGAGCGAGGUGUGACCAUCGCCGAGGACAGCAACGACAUCUACAUCCUCUCAGGCGACCAGCACCCCGACCAGCUGAGCCCCCCCUCGCCUCUGCUCUGCGCCGGAGAGAACAGCAGCGGGCAGAGCUCCUGGCAGACGGAGAGCCUACCCGUCUCCCUGGCCGGCCACGAGUCCUGGGCACAGGUCGGCGCCAUGGACCCCGAAGACGUCAAGAGCCUGGACAGCAACGAAGGCGUGGAGAACAACUCCUCCAACUCGGACAUCGUCCACGUGGAGCGCGAGGAGGCCGAGCUGCUGGAGGAGGGCGGCGAGGGCGGCGUGAUCGACGACAGCAUGAUGAGUGUGUUAGGGACGGAGAGCGAGCUGGCCGAGCUCAGGGAAGAAUUCAAGGACCAGACUCCGCCCGUUUCAGCCCCGGACAAGGCGGCGUCCACUCCGCCGGCGUCCCUCGUGUCUCUGGAGGAGCCGGUGGUGAUUGAAACGCCUGAAUGCCUGUCCGCCGAGCCUUCCUUCGUCUCCUCGGAGCCAGAGCUGCUCCCCCCCGCCCCUCUUCCCGAUGAGCCGGAGCCCGCAGCACCUUCGCCUGUUCCUGCAGCAGAGCCUGAGCCAGAACCAGCUGCGACCGCCGCCUCAGUGCCUGCUGAGGUGGAGCCCCCACCUCCAGUCAAGGACGCCCCGACCCCACCAGCAGAGGUCUGCGCCUCACCAGAGCCCGAGCCGGAACCGGAGCCCGACACAGUGCCUCAGCAGUCCCAGGAACCGCAGCCACAAGCAGAGACCGCUGCAGAGCCCGACGCCGCGCUCACCCUCGCCACAGCCCCGCCCCCGCCCCCGCCCGCCGUGGAGCCCCCAGUAGAAGCCGCGGCCGAGGAGGCCCCGCUGGAGACGGAGCCGCCGUGCGAGGUCCCGGCCGGCCUGCUGUACGGAGGCGCCGCCGUGAUCGCCGCCGUUUUGAUAUACGGCCUCAUGAGGUACAGGAGGAGAUAGAGAAGAGCCGGGCCGCGGGCGGAGGAGACCGCAGAUCCUCCAGACGUCGGGCUAGAAAGAAACGCAUCUGUAAACACAGAGACCCCCCUUUCAAAUUGUACCGGAUUUAAAUGUGAAAUGGAUUUUGCUUUGAUUAAACCUGGUAAAGUUCUGAAAGUGUGGAAGUUGUGGAAGUGACCCCGGUAAAACCAAAAUCUAACCUCGUCCACAACCUCACUGCUGUGUCCCGCGGCGACUUCAGGAAGACCGUGCACUCCGCUCUACUCCCAUCGGUUUUACCCUGUUUUUGGGGUUGCCUGCAAUUUUUUUUUUCUUUGAAUUUCACUCGGCUCCAACCUUUUACCUCUUAGAAUGAAUGUCUGUGGUAGUUUCACCCAACUCUUAUUUUUUUUUUUAAAAAUCUUUUCAGUCAGUAAAUUCACAGCAGUCCACAUGAAGAUUCCUGUGCGUGUUGGCUUUUUAACUCUUUCUAUGCAGCAAAGCCACAUAUUUUCCACCGUUAACUGUGACGGGGGUUUUUUUUCCCAAUACUUCCUCGUUUAGACAAACCAAAUGAAAUGAGUCAUUUUCUGUUUUUGAGUCAGUUCAAAAGAACUUCUGCCACAAACAAGGAAUACGUUUAAAUACGUUCUAAACUUCUCCACAUUUACCACGCAUCAAAAACAGCUUACCCACAGAUCGAUAAAUCACUGUUAGCUGAGUUAUUAACUCACAGGGGAAUUCAUGCUGCCAGCAGUGUGUGGAAUUAAAAUUCACUGUGAAGAUGAAGAGAGGCUUUGGUCCUGGACUUGGUAGUUUUGGUGUUGAGAGUCCAUAUGAAUGUCUCGUGUUGUCGCCGUCGUUCAUAUUUAUAGCAUGUUCUCUGCAAACUUUUGGCCCAACAUGAAAACUACUCCGUUUUCAAAACGCUGCCUGUAAACGAGCCCUCAAGAUUUUGAGUCUCAGUCCAAUGCAGUGUAGUUUUUUUAAUCUAAUGUGAUAGUCUCUUAAGAAACUGGAUUUUUAUGCUGUGAACUGAUUUUUUUUUUUUUUUUUUUUUGUGUUAAAACUGACAGCUUACUUCUCACGCCACUUUUGCAGUUACGUCUUCACAAUUACUUCAGUUUUCCCAUUGAUUCAAUAAUAUUUCAGUGUCCCUCCACUUCCACUGCUUCACCCUGAACCAGUAUUAUUGUUGCUGCAGCCUUUUGAGGCUGGUUGGUCAGAAGGGAGCCUGAUGCAGUGACUGGAGAACCACGUCAACAGUGGAGCAGCAGGGGAGCAUUAAAAGCACCAAUAAGUCAAUUGGUUUCUAAACUGCGAAGAAAACAGACUUAUUUAAACAAAUUUCUUAACAUUAGUAGAUACAACUCAGCUCGAAGACCUGAGAUCAUUGUGAGCAGUCUCCAAGCCAUGCUGUCAGGCUGAGUUUUUAAAAAGUUCUGUAAUGCAGGUUUGUUUUUUAAAUUUCAUUAUUUUGCCACAAUGCAUAGUUUAAAAGUUCUCUGCAACUAAAUGCAUCAAGGUCUGCAGAAAUGUGUGAGAAAGGAUAAAAUCAAAACAACCUUUGAAAUUUAUCCCAAUAGCUGAAAUCUCAGCAAACACACUGUAGGAAGAAAAACUGUUCAGAUGUUUUGGGAUGAAAAAGAAAAAAAAAGAAAACAAGGGGGUGUUGUGUGUUUCAGCGUUGCACUCGGUAAUGCUCAUCAGCUCAAACUAUGCCAGCUUACAGGGGGAAACUGUCCACAGUAAAGAGGAUGGAUGGAUAUCAACACGUCUCCAACGUGGCACUCGUACCUUUAGUUUCCUACAAUAUGCUGUUUGAAAUGAAAAAAAAAAAAGUAAAAUAUUUGACAAUCUUUC